AGCCGGCAGCGCUGAGGGGACGGCGGCGGCCGGGCUGAGGCUGAGGGUCAGGCCCGCCCGCCGCCGGGGAAACAACGGGCGGCUCCUGUUUCUGAGGCGGAUUUAACCUUCCCCGAGCGGGGCGGGAGGGGGCGGCCCGCCUCGGAGCCCGGGCUGGCGAUGGGGCGGGCGGCGAGCGGCGGGCAGAGCCCGGCGGGCCGCGGGAGCCUGGCCCUCGGCGGGGCGGGAGGCGCUGAGGCGGCGCGGACCAUGCGCGGCGCUCGCUGAGGCAGCCUCCGGCCGCGGGGAUGAGCGCCUCGGCGGCCACCGGCGUCUUCGUCCUCUCCCUCACCGCCAUCCCCGUCACGUACCUCUUCAACUGCCUGGCGGCCAGCGGCAGUUCCUGGUCAAUUGUUGCAGUUGGAUUUCUGGUUCUGGUUUUUAUUGCUCUGUUGGCUCGUGUUCUUGUCAAAAGAAAACCACCAAAAGACCCACUGUUUUAUGUUUAUGCAGUAUUUGCCUUUACCAGUGUAGUGAAUCUAAUAAUUGGACUGGAACAGGAUGGAAUUAUCGAUGGAUUCAUGACCCAUUACUUGAGAGAGGGUGAACCAUAUCUGAACACUGCUUAUGGCCAUGUGAUCUGCUAUUGGGAUGGCUCAGCACACUAUCUGAUGUAUCUGUUGAUGGUGGCAGCUAUUGCUUGGGAACAAAGCUAUAGAUCCAUUGGCCUCUACUGGCUGGGUUCCAUUAUCAUGAGCAUCAUUGUCUUUAUGCCUGGAAACAUUGUGGGAAAGUACGGAACAAAAGUGUGUCCUGCCUUUUUCUUAAGCCUACCAUAUAUUUGCCUUCCUAUAUGGGCUGGGUUCCGAAUUUAUAACCAACCUUCGGUGACUCAUGACACUCCAGUCAAGGUGGUUCAGGAAGUGCAGAAGAAAGGACUCUUAAGACGACCAAUAGAUUUAAUGUUAGCUGCAUACCUCAUUCUAGCAAUGGGGUUUUGCAUAUUUAGGGGCAUGAUUGCUCUGGAUUGCCCUGCUGAACUCUGCCGGCUAUAUAUUCAACUUCACGAGCCUUAUAUAAAAGAUCCUGCUGCCUAUCCUAAGCUUCAGAUGCUGGCAUACAUGUUCUACUCUGUGCCAUACUAUGUGAUUGCUCUGUAUGGCCUACUGGUACCUGGUUGUUCCUGGAUGCCUGAUUUAACCCUUAUACAUGCUGGAGGACUAGCUCAGGCUCAAUUUUCCCAUAUUGGUGCUUCUCUUCAUGCUCGAACUCCUUACAUCUACAGAGUCCCUGAAGAAACAAAACAGUUUUUUCUGAUAUUGAACAUAAUGUAUGGGAUUCUUCCCCAGCUGUUGGCUUACAGGUGUGUCAACAUGCCAGAGUUUUUUAUGAAAACAAAACAAGAAGAAAAAACAGAAUAGCACGACAGUUUUCAGCUCCUUUUUCUGGCUGUGUAUAUAAUUGGGCUUGGAAGUAACUGAACUGCUCAGAUGGAACCCAAAUGACAUGUGUAAGAUGUGUAAAAUCGCACAAUUGUGUAAACAUGCAUGGUCUGUUUUGUUUAUCCUACUCAAAAAGGGAAAAUAAAGACAACUGCCUUCAAUAUCA